AUGUCCGACGUCGCCCACCUCAAGUCGCUCUUCCGCUUCUACGACGACUACCCCAAGCCGGGCGUCCGGUUCUGCGACAUCCUGCCCGUCCUGCGCGACCCGCUGGCGUUUGAGCUGCUCAUCACCAACAUCAUCUCGCACAUCUUCACCCAGACGAUCCCGUCGCUGCCAGACUCGACGCCGGCCUCGACGACACCGCUGGAACCGGGCGCAGUGCCCUACUCUGGCCGCAAGAUUGACGCCGUCGUCGGCCUCGACGCCCGCGGCUUCCUCCUCGGCCCCAUCAUCGCCCAGCGCCUCGGAUGCGGCUUCGUCCCCGUCCGCAAGCAGGGAAAGCUCCCCGGCCAGUGCGUCCAGGCCACCUACGUCAAGGAGUACGGCGAGGACAUCUUUGAGAUGCAGCGCGACGCCCUCAACCCCGGCAGCCGCGUACUCGUCAUCGACGACCUCAUCGCCACCGGCGGCUCCGCAAUGGCCGCCGGCGAACUCGUCAAAAAGUGCGGCAGCCACGUCGUCGAAUACGUCUUUGUCGUCGCCCUCCCCUUCCUCAAGGGCGAGGAAAAGCUCGACGCUCCCUCGUACCACCUCGUCGAGUGCGACUAG